CGCGGCGAGGCGCGCCAGCUGCCGCACGUCAUGAUUCUACCCCAGAACAACCUGACAGACGGGGAAGAAGAUCUGCCUGAAGACAGUUUCUCGCUGUUGUCGGUGCUUCUAGUUGGUUCGCUAAACUUCCCAUUUGAUCGAUCGCGACUCGCCCCUCGAAGACAACCCUCUGGGAGGCCCUUCACUCGAAAACUUUGAUCUAAGCUCGCUAGAUGUAUCCCUUUCCUGUUUCAUCCUCUGUUCCAUCUCUUACUGCCUUCUGUUCCGUUGUUUCUUCACGCCUUUCGUAUUUUCUCCCGCGUCGAUUACAAUUUGUUUAUUUUUUUAUCUUUCUCGCUUACUUUUCGCAAAAAUGAAAUAUCAUCGGAUCGUUUCUAUAUCAAGCAUUUAUGAAUCUCCCUUUUGUUGCUUUUGUAUGGUAAAAAAAAAGCGUCCGAUACCAUCAUACAUUCGAUGCACCUCGACUCAGCUCUUCGAGGGGAUUUCUCUUUCUGGUCUUGAUAUUCUUAUCCGUGGCGGGCAACAUUUUAGUCUGCGUGGCAAUUUACACGGACCGCGGUUUACGGAGAAUAGGAAAUUUAUUCCUGGCCUCCCUCGCUAUCGCCGACCUGUUUGUCGGUUGUCUGGUUAUGACAUUUGCCGGGGUGAAUGAUCUUCUCGGCUAUUGGGUAUUUGGACCGCGAUUCUGCGACACCUGGAUCGCUUUUGACGUUAUGUGCAGCACUGCCUCUAUUCUGAAUCUUUGCGCAAUCUCUCUCGAUCGUUACAUACACAUAAAGGAUCCGCUUAGAUACGGUCGUUGGGUGACAAGAAGAGUCGCGGUUGCUGGAAUCGCUAUCGUAUGGUUGCUCGCAGGACUCAUAUCCUUCGUGCCAAUCAGCCUAGGCCUUCACCGAGCAGAUGAGCCCGUAAUGUAUGACGAUGGUAAAGAGGAACAUCCUACGUGCGCCUUAGACCUUACACUCACCUACGCGAUAGUUUCCUCUUCUAUAUCUUUUUACGUGCCCUGCAUCGUAAUGCUGGGGAUUUAUUGCAGGCUCUAUUGCUACGCACAGAAACACGUAAAAAGCAUCCGUGCAGUAACGAAACUGCCGGAUACCUCAAUGGCCAAGAGUUUUCGUGCGAAAAGUACUCGCAACAAACCACCAAAGCCGCAAACAAAAACGAAGCCGACAAGUCCUUAUCAUGUGUCUGAUCAUAAAGCCGCUAUAACAGUGGGUGUAAUUAUGGGUGUUUUCUUAAUAUGCUGGGUACCCUUUUUCUGCGUAAAUAUCGUCGCUUCAUAUUGCAAGACCUGCAUAUCAGUCCGAGCAUUCCAAGUACUCACUUGGCUCGGCUACAGCAACUCGGCCUUCAAUCCGAUCAUCUACAGCAUCUUUAACACAGAGUUUCGAGAAGCGUUCAAAAGAAUUCUUACAAAGGGUGCGCGAGCCCGAGGAAACCAACCGUCGACUAGCGAAUGCGGAGAAUUUCGAUCCGUGGUUGUGCAAAAACGAAACGGGUCUAUGAUCGAAUGUAAUAUUAGUCCAAGAUCAAGCGCGGACAGUUGUCAAGUCGGAAUGAUGGCGCAAAGACAUCGCGAUACUAUCGUCAGUGCGAUAUAAUCAGACUCGAAUUUCUCCCUUCAGAUUUAUCGAUCUUCCUAUCGAACGAAUAUUGCGCUUCAGCGCAUAAAAGCGCGCAUUUCGCCUUCCUGCGCAUUUCGCGAAUUUAAAUACAGUUAAAAGAUUUUCCAUCGCGGUCAUUAAUCCUAUGUAAGUGAUUUUAUUAAUAACACGUAACACGUUAACACGUUGACUGCCACGCGAAUUUUAUAUAUUUUGCUCUUUAAAUAUACUAUAUACUUAAUUUUUAUAAAAUAUUGUAUUUGCGCAUUUUGUAUCUAACAGUGUUAUCUAAAUUAUUCAUAUUGUUGAAAAUUUGUUAGUUUCUAAAAUUUAUCUUAUUUUAAUCAUUCGAAAAAAUUUGGUAACAUGUGUCAUCGAUAACCAUCGUGGCAAUCAACAUGUUAAUAAAACCAUGUCGGAAAUAUUACAUCCCUCCUGUCGUCAGUCUUGCGCGUGGCACUCUACGUUCUUGGUACGAAUUUUUCGGUCGAAUCGAAGAGCGUUACAUGAACAUAUCCAUAUAUAGUAGUUAAAAAAAGUAUUUAUACAUACCUUUAUUUUUCAUUUUCAUUUUCACAGUAUCAUUUUUUUCUUUUUCUUCUUUUUUUGUAGCCAUAUGAAAGUAUUAUUAAAUGACACAAAAUUUAAUAUAUCUAAACCUAAUUAAUUAGUAUGUAAAUGCUAUAAUAGAUACAAUGGUGUACAAAUACUUUUUAUAGCCACUGUAAUUUUUCAAGUUCCCAUAAUGGUAACGGGUGGAAUAAAAUUUACAACCAUCUAGAACAGUAAUCGUAACCGUCGUUGUCAACUUCAACUUUACUGUUUCAUUAUACAGAAAAUGUAUUACAAAAUCUGCAAAUGCUUUUCGAGAUAUCGAAUUCGUUGACUUAUCGAGUUCUCCUCGACAGAUAUACCACGUAUUUCUCGUAUCAUCUGCAACAAACAACCACGUACUUUACGCAUAAAAUAUCUCGAAAUAAUAUAGAUUUUAUCGCCAUGAGCAACAGUCACCAAGUAACAGUACGUUCCCUUUCUUUUCCUUUCCCCUCUCACCCCAAACAGAAAAAGGUUACAUGUGGAUUUUUUUUUGCUGAAUAUUUUUCUUUCAUCCAUGGUGAAAGGGGAAGAGAAUUUAUCGAUAUAAAUGGACGGUUAAGAAAAAAUAUUUACUUAAAGACAAUCACCAAAAGGUAGUUCAAAACAUAUCCGUGAGACAUAAUCUGCUCUUACACUAAAAGGAAUAAACACGAAUUAUCAAAAAAAAAAA